AUGUCAGGAAGAGCGACGACGCCUCCACCGCAAGGCGACGUCAAUGUCUCAGGGGGACUUCUAGCCACAACGAUCCUGGUCACAGUCAUCAGCAUCUUAUUGCUGGCGGCACGCUUUGCGACGCGCAUAUGGAUCGUCAAAAGAGUCGGCUGGGAUGAUUGGACGAUUCUACUCGCUGUCUUGGGCCAUCCAAUAGGCAUGGCUUUGGUCGUUGUGCAGAUUGGGUAUGGACUUGGUAGACCAGUCUUUUACCUCACAGAGCAUCAAUUCCAGGAAUUUAUGAAGUAUGCGUAUGGCGAGUGGCUUCAAACCUUUGCGACCCUCAUGUUCACUAAAAUUUCUAUCUGCCUCUUUCUCCUUCGCAUCACGAUAUCGAAGAGCUUCGUUCGACCGUUACAAGCCGCGAUUGGGAUCCUAGUGGUCAGUAAUGUCAUCCUUACCGUCCUUUGGAUUGUGCAGUGCACUCCACACUUGGACAAGGCUUGGAACACAAAGCUUUCUGGGAAAUGCUUUGGAAAAGGUCAAUUGGAGCGCAUCAUCAUCGCACAAGCAAGUAAGCUCUCCCCCGUGUCAUACGAAAGGGGCCUUGGCUUAUCUACAAAAGUCAUAUCUUUCAUAUCAGACUACUUUCUCUCAAUAUUCCCGAUCUUGAUCUUGCGCAAGGUGCAGAUCAGCUUCCGCAGCAAGGUCGGCCUUUGCUCUCUCAUGGGCUUGGGUGUGGUGUCAGUCUUUCCCCUUUUUCUCACUACCAUCGCCAACGCCAUACUUGUAGCACCACUCUGCUACUUGACUAUUGCUAACUUUCACCUAGUACCGGCUCACUAG